UUUCAAACGCAUGAAUUAGUUCCAUUCAUUAUAGCGUGCAUUGGCACAAACCUAGCAGCGCUCGUGUUGUUUUGUAUCCUGUUUGCCCUCGUGCUGGCUUGUAUUAUCGAGUUAAACUCAGUUUGGUCUCACUCCUCCAAUCCUGUCACGGUCUUGUGUCUGAUUGGCUUCUUUUUUAGCUCCUAUUAUUGUUUUUGGCUCUUUUAUUUAAAAGAUAAACAAUCGACCAUCCCCUUUCUUCCAUCUUCAGUCUCUCGCUCUCUCUCUCUCUUACCCUCCUCUCUCUCUCUCUCUCUCUCAGCUCCCGACUCUAUUUAUAGCACAGUCCCGCCCCUCCCCUGUCGCUCGGCAGCUAUUUCCAGCAGCCUGAAGCAGCUCCAGUCUGUUUGUAAACUCCACGUCUCUAUACCUCUGCGCUCCCGUUCGCCUCACACAAAUGGUGAGGGUGCAGAGAUUCGGCUUUGAACAAUUACACAAAAGCAACACAGUCGCACUAAAUGGAACAGUCUGACGGCUCAGUUUAAGCCCAUUCAUCAGGAGAGUGACUUGUGUGCUGUGCUGUAAGCGAGGACUUGUAAAGAGAGGGGCGAGGGUAAGGAAAGAACAGAAGGACUGGCAGACAAAAGUCUCCCAGCGAUCUACUUAGUGAUCGUCUCUCCCGUUCUGUCGCUUUCAUCUCAUCCCGUCGCAUUUCGUCAUGGGGAAUUCGCUCUUUUGGAGUCCGCCGAUACCACAUGUGUGAUUGACUUCAGACGUUUGCAGGAUACAGGCACGCUCAGACCGGGGUCUUGGAUACAAGCCACACUUGGACUUGUCGGUGUGAAUUAGCAGUUUGUUUCUGACAUCGACAAUUAGACAAGAAGGUGAUGUGGUGUAUGAAUAGACUCGUUGUUGUGGCCAUAAAGCUGAUAGAUUGAGUGGACAAUUUGUGGAUUGUGUACAGGGUUUCCUUUCACGGAUACCAGUUCUGAUUGCAUUUGUUUAUUGAUUUUUAUUUAUUUAUUUUAUUUUUUUUUUUUUUAACCAUGGAACUAACGAGCAAAGUGAUUUUCGGUUCUUUGCAUGCAUGCACCUUUUGAUAAAGGAAGUGGUGCUUUUUUCCCCUCUUCCUUCAAAUGUAUUUGCAUAUUUGACUGUUUUGGAUGGAGAGUGGGUUGGCAUCUCCUUUUUCAUGUUAAUUUGUUUUUGCAUUAAUUGAGUGGCGAUAUUUUGAGACUGGCAUGCUUUUGAAGCCAACCGUACCGGGACUGUGCGCGAUGUUGCAGACAAUCUAUGAGACCGAAUCCUGCUUCUCUUCAGACAGCACAUCCAGUAGAGAGCGACACGUGGAGCUGCUUUCUCAGUCCAGAAGCACCAGCAUGCCCAGCACCGCAGUGGAUGUGAAGACCUUGCUACCUUCUGGGAUGCAGAGCCCUGUGGGAGGUGGAGGAGAUCAGGGCGGAGGUAGUGGAGGGCCGGUGGACCUGCGUACAGACCCGCGUCUGGGCACGCUAAGCACCGUGGACCCGACGCUGAGGGAAAAACAGCUGCAGCACGAGCUGCUCUUGCUGAAACAACAACAAGAGCUGCAGAAACAGCUGCUGUUCGCCGAGUUCCAGAAGCAGCAUGAGGUUUUGACCCGCCAACAUGAAGUGCAGCUACAGGAACAUCUGAAGCAACAGCAGGAGAUCCUUGCCGCAAAGCGUCAGCAGGAGCUGGAGCAGAAGAUGAAGUUGGAACAGCAGCGUCAUGAAGAGAUGGAGAAGCAGAGACUGGAGCAACAGCUCAUCAUGCUACGUAACAAAGAAAAGGGCAAAGAGAGUGCCAUCGCCAGUACUGAGGUCAAACUGAAGCUGCAGGAGUUCCUGUUGAGUAAAAAGGAACCUGGCCCUGUUGGACUAAACCAUUCCUUCUCCCAGAAGUGCUGGGGGGCUCACCACGCGUCCCUGGAGCAGAGCUCCCCUCCACAGAGCAACACACCGGGCACGCCACCCUCCUACAAACUCCCCCCACUGUUAGGGUCCUAUGAGGGCAAGGAUGACUUCCCUCUCCGUAAGACUGCCUCUGAGCCCAAUCUGAAGGUACGUUCACGGUUAAAACAGAAGGUUGCUGAGAGGAGGAGCAGCCCACUUCUUAGACGGAAAGAUGGCACUGUGAUCAGCACCUUCAAGAAAAGGGCGAUUGAGAUCUCAGUGUCCUCUAUGUGCAGCAGUGCUCCUGGCUCGGGUCCCAGUUCUCCCAACAGCUCUAACUGUGCCAUUGCCGAGAAUGGCUCCAGCGGAUCGGUCCCAAACAUCCACACUGAGCAGCUGCGUUCUCUGCAUCAGUCUUUGACUGGAGAUGGGACACCGAGUCCCCUUAGCCUCUACACCUCUCCAUCUCUGCCCAACAUCUCUCUUGGACUGCCUGCCAACGCGCACAUCACGGCUCCUCAGAAACUCAGUGCCCAGCAGGAGGCAGAGCGACAGGCAAUCCAGAAUUUGCGUCAAGGUGGGGCACUGACAGGGAAGUUCAUCAGCACAUCGUCCCUGCCGACGUGCCUUCCCACCGGGGCACCCCAUGACCCCGAGCCCCCUUCCACCUCUAAUAGCCACAGUAGCCAUUCCUCACUGCUUCAGCACGUCCUACUGUUGGAGCAGGCUCGUCAACAGAGCGCACUUCUCGCAGUUCCCAUGUACGGGCAAUCUCCGCUGGUAACGGGUGAGCGGGUGUCCAACAGCAUGCGUACAGUGAAUAAGUUGCCUAGGCACCGGCCGCUGAGCCGUACACAAUCAGCGCCCCUGCCUCAAACACCACAGGCCCUGCAGCACCUCGUAAUGCAACAGCAGCACCAGCACUUCCUCGAGAAACAGAAACACUACCAGCUAAAUAAGAUCCUCACUAAAGGGGCAGAGCUUCCACGGCAGCCUCCCACACACCCUGAGGAGACUGAGGAGGAGCUUACUGAAACCGCAGAGAUGCAGGACGAGCGAGGGGAGGGGCUUGAUCACGUAUGGGAGGGGCUACAGAAAGAGAGCUCUGGUGAGACCACACCCCCUUCUGAACGUCUGGUUCAGUUGAAGGGAGAAAGCACAGAAAGUGACUUGGAGGAAGAUGAUGAUGAUGAUGAUGAAGCCAUUGAACUGAGGGAAUGUGAUGAAGAGGGUGCCCCCUAUGGCCAGUAUUUGGACCAGCAGCAUGUGCAGCAACUGAAUGUGUUCCAGGCCUCCCUGUCCAUCACGGGAAUGCCCCACAGACCUCUGGGAAGGGCCCAAUCGUCCCCCGUCACUUCUAGUCUUAAAGGAGCACCCCUGAAUGAGGUGCCCAUUAAGCAUCUCUUCACAACAGGGCUGGUGUACGACACCUUCAUGCUAAAGCACCAGUGCAUAUGUGGGAACACAAACAUCCAUCCCGAACACGCCGGUCGCAUUCAGAGUGUUUGGUCCAGGCUACAGGAAACAGGGCUGCUUGGUCGCUGUGAGAGGAUCAGAGGAAGGAAGGCCACUCUAGAUGAAAUCCAAACUGUGCAUUCAGAGUACCACACGCUGCUCUACGGCACCAGUCCACUGAACCGACAGAAGCUGGACAGCAAGAAACUUUUAGGUCCAAUAAGUCAAAAAAUGUACGCUGUCCUGCCAUGUGGAGGCAUUGGGGUGGACAGUGACACAGUGUGGAACGAGAUGCACUCGUCCGGAGCCGUCCGGAUGGCGGUGGGCUGCGUCAUUGAGCUGGCAUUCAAAGUUGCUGCCGGAGAGCUGAAGAACGGGUUUGCGGUGGUCCGUCCUCCUGGUCAUCAUGCUGAGGAAUCAACAGCUAUGGGUUUCUGUUUCUUCAACUCAGUGGCCAUCACUGCCAAACUGCUGCAGCAGAAACUCGGGGUGGGCAAGAUCCUAAUUAUAGACUGGGAUAUUCACCAUGGAAACGGGACCCAGCAGGCUUUCUAUAAUGACCCCAAUGUGCUGUACAUUUCCCUGCACCGUUAUGACGAUGGCAACUUUUUCCCAGGCAGCGGAGCUCCUGAGGAGGUGGGUGUAGGUCCAGGAGAGGGCUUUAAUGUCAACAUUGCCUGGACAGGUGGAGUGGAGCCACCUAUGGGUGAUGUGGAGUAUCUAACUGCCUUCAGAACGGUGGUGAUGCCCAUAGCCAACGAGUUCUCCCCGGAUGUAGUGCUUGUGUCAGCUGGUUUUGAUGCUGUGGAGGGCCAUCAGUCCCCCCUGGGUGGAUAUAAUGUCACCGCCAAAUGUUUCGGCCAUCUCACUAAACAGUUGAUGAAGCUGGCUGGUGGCCGUGUGGUUUUGGCACUGGAAGGAGGUCACGACCUCACCGCCAUCUGUGACGCAUCCGAGUCCUGCGUGGCUGCAUUGCUUGGAGACGAGUUGGAUCCUGUACCACUGACGGUGCUUCAACAGAAACCGUGUCCAAAAGCCACAGCCUCUCUAGAGAGGGUCAUUGAGAUUCAGAGUAAACACUGGACAUCAGUGCAGAGGUUGGCUCCUACAGUGGGCCAGUCUCUACUGGACACUCAGAGACGGGAGAAGGACGAGGCAGACACUUUGACCGCCAUGGCCUCUCUCACUGUGGACAACGAUCAGCAAAAGACCUCCACAGAAACCAGCAGAUCAGCAGAGGAGCCCAUGGAGGAGGAGCCCGUGUUGUAGAAGAGCGAGUACAGUGCAUCACUGCUCCAUCCUUCUUGUCCACGCGUGCUUGGCAUUGGUCACGCCUCAUGUUCCUCCUCCCAGCUCUUUGAUUGCUUCCCUCGGUCCUUCACUCAUUUCCAGGUGCUUGACUGACACGUUCACAGCCCACCCACUUUCGCUUUUCUGAGGUUAAAGCAUAGCAAACUGUUGCCGAAAGGGGACGACAAGGCAUGAUGGGUAAUUACAGGACCACUCCAGUGAGGGUUGCGCAGCUGGACCGGCCGAACAAUGGAGUGCUCUUCAGAGAGAGGCCUUUGAUUUCAUUUUCUCAUUGUAUUGAACUGAGGACGUAAAGAAGAAAAUGCAAAAAAAAAAAAAGAAGAGGAGGAAGGCAAAAACAUCACGACAGCACAGGGAUGUUGUCGCUCGGGGGUCCGCGAAAAGCUUUGUUUUCUGUACAAAGUAUAAUGUACAAAGUUCCAAAAAAAAAGCCAACAAGCAGCAAAAAUACUUCAGCACAAAACACACAUAUACACUCAUUCACAAGCAACACGGUUCCCACAAGCGGGGCCUGAUGUGUCGAAACACCUUUUGCAGACAAGUAUACUCGUUUACACUGUACCGUGUCGAUUACUUGGUAUACUUGUUCAUCUGUAUAAUAGCCUGUUAUGAAAAGCACACAAACAUAUGAGAAAUAGAAGUAUAAAAUAUAUAUAUAAAUAAACAUACAAACAUAUAUAUAAGCAUAUAUAUAUGUAGUUUUGUGUGUACCGUAUACACAUUUGAACAUACAAAAAUAUAUAAAUACUUUAUAUCCCCUAUGGAACAUUUUCUUAUCAGCUGUGGUUGUACAUACAGUAAAAGAGCCUGCAGACUUUUAUCCAGAAGUGGAAGAAUGAUGGAUAGCCUUUCUUUUCUCUUAGAGAAAACAGUACUUUUUUGGAAUAUAUGGCUUUGCUAUAACAUACUCGCACAUAAACGUGGAUAACGGCAACCCAUCCGUUUUAAGACAAAGGUGUCAAAUACGAGGAGAAGAUUUUCAAAGCGUCCAUCUCAGCUUUCGGUGGAGGACGAGGAUAGACGCAUUGUGGUAAUGUCUCAAGAAAGACUUUUUUUCCAAGAACUUGGUGCCUUUUAUACUAAGGAAAACAUUUAACAACACCAAUACUUAACGAAUCGUGAAUCCUCAGACUUAACUUUCAUUGAUUUGUUUGUUUUUCAAAUUGCCUUAAUUUUUUCAAAGAAAACUAAUUUUAGCCAUGAACGACGGAGAGCACAAAAUGAUUACUGCCCCAGUUUCUUUCCAUCUCUCUCUUUAGUUUUCUUACUUUUUGUUUUAUUUUACUGUUAACAAAAGAACAAACGAAAGAAAUUCAGCGAUUGUUUUAUUUAUCAGUCCUGUGCCGGAGACUAGCACACGACGUGAUUGUUUGGAAACGCUGAUGAUGUUGUGACCAACUUUCUUUAUUUUACCGUCACUUUCCUUUGUCCAUUUAUUUGUUUGGCUCCCUUACACUCUUUCAUCUGAAACUUGUUUUAUUUGACUUUAUUUCCAUUGGCGAGAGAGCGUUAGCGGUGACUUUUUUUUUUAUUAUUAUUAUAACAUUUCCUUUUUUUGUACAAAAAUGUAAAAGAAAACAAAAAAGUCUGUAUCAGUGUUAAUUUCGUCAUUUGAUUUGAAGUAUUCUCUGAUAAGGAAUGUACAGCGUGCUACAGAUAUUAUCAAUGAUGUUGAUUUAUGUCACUGUGCAGUGCAUUUGGCAUUGUCCUUUUUUCAGGAUUUGAGGAUAUUUUUUUCCGGCAAUAAGAGUGACUACCAAUUUUUUUGUUUAACACUAAAAUACUCUGCAAACUUUUGGUUAAAUUUCGACAUCUUUUGAUAUAGCUUUUAUCCUCUGGAUACGGUUCGUUUUCAUCAGACUGAUUAGUAUUGUUCAUAACUGUUGACAGUUAAUCGUCUAACAGCUGAAUGCUGGUUAAUCACCUGUGCACUUGUGGAUGAAAUGCAAUGGCUUGUUUAUGACCCUGAAAUAACAAUCCUUCAUUACAUUUUCACUGUGUGACAAAAGCGUUUCGGGGGCCAAAUUCGAUGUAAUCCGCUGCGUCUUUAUUUAAAGUCACCCUCUUCCUUUAGCAAUGUAACAGAAGUCAGAAAGGUGACGACGUGUCUAAUGGCAAAUACUUUUUUAAUGAGACUAAAUUGGGCCUCGGGCAUCUUGCACUAAUAACUACACUGUAGGUCCGCACCUAAUCGCGUUUCUUUUUUUAUUUUUUACCAUCGAUUCUCAGACGCAAAUUACGAGGCAUUAAAAGCAGAGUGAAUUAUCUCAGCAAAUGACGUGUGAACUCUCGCCAGCGUUUUUCUUUGUGUACAUUCACUGAUUCGCCGAUGAACUGUUGAUGUUGAAACGACAGAAACGUGGCUGCGCAUUUCUCGACUCUGCUCUCUUUUGAUUUAUUUAUUUGGAGUCAGAAAUGACUAGUUGCGUUGCUAACGGAUCGAUGUUUGUCUCAUUGUAAAAUCGAUGAAAAAUUGCAUAAUGUCUCUUCGACAGCCUCAUAGCCUCUGGGCAAUAACUUUAACUUUUUUAAAAGAUAUAUUACAAUAGCUAAAAAGUGAACGGCCAGUUUUUUUUCAAGACAACAACAGGCCUCUGUUUGUUACGUCACCAUCUGAUAAAGUAUUUCUACAUGCUCUUGAAACACUAACAUCACCUUCACCUGUUCAUUCUGUCUCUAACCGUUGACUAGCUUUCGCGCCAACUGCGGUCGGUUGAAGAGAAACAGGAAACACUUUGUGAAAAAUCAGGCUGACACUAGCCUCUGUACUUAGAUACUGUAAUAUACACUAAGAGAAUUUCCCUCUUCUAUGUGGCUAUGGGAUGUGCUGUCUGAAUCAGGAACUGCUGUGAUCAGGUUUCGUAACGUUUGGAUGUAGAUCACCAACCAUUUGUGCAGAGUUUUGUAUUUUCACCCUAUUUGGUGUCAACAGUUUAUUGACCGUGCAGUUGGUGGUGAACGCUUUUUCUCCUUAUCCUUUCCGUUCCUUUUAUACCUUUCUGGAUGAUGGAAUCGGCUGACCCUGAGAAGUCCCUUUUUGAGACCUAAACCUUCUCUUUGGGUGCGUGGGGUUGAGCAAUACAUAGAGAGGGGAAAUAAUCGCUCAGAUGUAAGUUAAUACAGUACGACGCUUGGCUUUCUUAAACGAGGCGCUGAGGGAGACUGUUUGUUAUCGAUGGACGUUUUCCAACAUGGUCUCUUUCGCAUUGUUCUUUACACAAAAAAAAAAAUCAACGUUAACAGCGUGAACAGGGCCUUACGAUGGACACCGGGAAUCCUCUGUAUGUGUAAAAGACAUGGACAUUCGCCGUGGAAGAUAGCAUUACUGUCUCUGCCACAUAUUUUGCUAUUGGGUAAAUAUGUAUAUUUAUUGAUCAUUCAUAUGUUGUGUAUAUGUAGUGACCUAUGAUCAUCGAGGUUCAAAGAGUGCUUGUAUAUUUUUGGACUUUUUUGAAAGAGAGGUUGUCUCCUCCACCGUCUCUUGAUUUCUUUGCUGUUCUGCAUCACUUGCUGUGAUUGGGUGUUUCAGUUGGUGAGAUCUUUCGACCUUGGAUUUUUAAGAUCUUUUUCCUCUCUCUCGCUCUCGACUCUCUCCUCUCUUUCUUGUCUGUCUUCUGGUCAUAUUGAUAUGCAGAAGUUUUCUGAAAUUAUCAAAGCACAUUCCCUGAUUUAUUGUGUUCUUUCGAUGCUUUCAUGUUGCGACAAUACAAAGGUGUGUAUACUAACUGCUACACACGUGUAUAUAGGGUGCUUAUAUGUGUACACAUGUGCAAUACACGCUAUUUGAGCAAUCUAUUACUGUGACUAUUAAUCAUUAAAAAUUGCUGUCCCUUUGAA